AUGUACGGCACGAAAGUCAGUGACAGCGAUGACUCGAAACGAGAUGUCUCUUCUCUGUUCGGCCGUGACGAUGAUAGUGGUUCUUGUCCUAUCUACCCAUCCCCAGAUAGUGGAAAGUGCUACGAUACAGAUUCGUUCCUUUUCGACCGCGCUUCUGACCCACAAGAGCCUAAAAAGAUGAGUCUCAGCUUCUAUGAUAACAACAAGAAAUUUAUAUAUUUGAGGUAUCCCCGGUGUAACGCAAAGAACGACGGGCCGACGGGUGUGGCGAAGUGGUAUCUUCCCGAGUUUAUGCUAUCCAGCUCACAAGAUAUCAACGACAACAGAAGGUGCUCGGCAAAGACAACAAAGGAGAACUCCGUCAAGGGAGCGAACAAUGCAUACCUCAUUGACGGCAAUAGCAAAUUGCCCGCGAAGGACUUCCGCACGGAGCACGUCUUCGAGGUACAUCUGGUCAAGCAUUUCCUUGAGUGGGUGUGCGGAGGAAAGGAAUCCAAAUAUGGAGGUCUUGGCGAGGUUCCUUUCCCUAAGAAAUGGACACGUCCUGACUCGACUUGGUGCUCGGAGGUGUUUGGAGGUUCUAGUGGCGGAAUGACUUGGUCGAGAAAUAAUGGGCCCAAAAUGAACUGGGUCCAACAUACCGCUGAAUUCCUCGGAAAUGGCCAAUCGCUUGACCUGCUCGUCAUGUAUCACGAAAAGCCCAACGGAGUCAAAGAGGUUAUUACCGAAGGAAGGAAGUCUAGCCUCCCUAAGGACGACCCCAGCAACGGUUACAUCGUUGAGCCAAAAGAGAUAGCGGACAAGGUCAUGAUGACUGCUACUGUUUGGAACUAUCUGCAGGAAUUUAGCGACAAGUGGACCAAGCCCAGUCAGAACAUCGAAUUGAUCUCGGACGAAUUCGACCAUGAAUAUACCCGCCAAUAUUCCCAGAACAAGCCAAACGGACAGGCCCUCAAGCCAGACGAUACCCCCCGGGGCCUCAAACACUGGGGUCUGCGUACCCUAUGGGCCUACUGGAUUGACAACCAUCUGGCCAAGAUUGAGCAGAUUCAGGCGGAUUGGCACAAGACCGCUAAGGACCAGAUCAGUUCCAUAAAAGAUAAGACGGACCCGAAAAAGACAGACGCUGUCGCGAAGAAGUUCGCAGACAUCACCAUGACUACUGGAGACGCAGCAGUGGGAAAAUUCAAGUUCCCAACGUCCAAUGCGGGUAAACCGCUUCCUGGUACUGCGACAAGUGCAUCAAAUGACGAAAGCAAGUACGGAAUGUGGGGAGGCAACCAGCUAGGAAAGCUGGGCCUGUAG